GAGACGUGGCAGGGGAACAUGGAAGACCGGAGCCCAAGCCCAGCCCAGCCCAGCCCAACGGUCACAACGCGGUACGAGUUUGAAACGGAGAAAGAUUCGUUGCUGCUGGACGAACGAAGCGUCGAUUCUUGAUGGUGGAAGUGCCGACAAUUCGUCGAAGGCUGUGGGAGAGUGGGAUGCUGAGAUCUCUCGGCGUCGGUGAGUGAGUGCAGAAGGACAGUAGGUAGAAGCGCGACCAUGGCCGGUGGCUCCAAACUCAUGGAAGAGCUGAGAAUCAGUGCAAGCGAGAAGGAGCUUCUGAAAGAAAAAUUGCUCGUCCACUUCGAUCGCUGGGGUUUCGACAUGAACGCGCAGAAAGAGUCGGCUUUCGAAAUGGCCAGGGAUCAUGGGCUCAGAAGCGCCCAGCACUCUUACGAGCUUGCCCAAAGCAGACUCUUGCACGGCGUGCACAUGCAGCAGAGUCUCGUGCAAUCAUAUCAACUAGAGUCAGCUCGCGAUGAGGUCGAGGCCCUGACACAAGAAGUUCUUGGACUGAAGUUUGCUUUACAGCAUGAAAAGGCCAAAAAUGAUCUCACGCACGACAAAAUGAAGAUGCUGAGAUCAGCUCUGCAAAAAAAGUUCGCAAUAAGAAGCAAGGCACUGAUUGAAAAAGCGACGAAGAAAUUCCGACAAUUGGAAAGGUUACUCGAGAGUAGGGAGCGACGCUACGUAGAUGCUGUCAACGAGGCGAACGAAAAGUACAGGGAGGAUACAAUGCAGCUCAAUGGCCGAAUUCAGCUGCUUAUAGAUGAAACGGAAUCUCUCAAGAAGGAACAACAGCAGUGGAAAUCGGACAUGGAAGAAUUGCAAAUUAUUUCUCUAGAGAGGCGCAAACUUCAGGCAGAGCUCGAGAAGUUGCAAACUAUGCUAGAAGAGAGGAACACCACACUUGUAAUCAAAGAGCACGACUUGCAGUUACUGGCGGAUCAUAGAGACCGACUGCUGACCCAGUUAGAAAAGUUGGAUAUGCAGCAAAGCGAACAACAGGUUAUAACUGGUGAGAGGGAUAGGUUACUGGCAGAGAAAGAGGAGGAGAUGCGGAAACUCGCCUCAGAUAUGGAAAGUCUGAUAACUCAAAAAGAAGAAUGGAUCUCGAAGGAGAAAGACUUACUGCAACUGAGGACAGAAAGGGACCAAUUAAGGCGCAAACUGCAAAUGAGAGAAUCAGAUGAGUUUUACAAGUGGGCAAAAGAGAGAGACAAGCUGGUGCAUAAGCUUGCUCUUGUUCAAUCUCAGCGAGAAGAUGAAGUAAAAGGUCUGAUUAGAGAAAGGGACUUUGUCUGGGAUCAGAUGAAAAAGAUAGAGGAGAAUUACAACCAAAGGCUGGACACAAUUUCCGGACAGUUGAUUCUGGCGAAUCAAGAGAAUACAAAACUUAAGCAAGAGUUACAGCAAGUACGCGUGGAAAGCAAUGAGAAGAUGGUUGAACUGACAAUUCUGAAGUUAGAGGCGAAACGAGCAAAAGAUGGUUUGACGCAACAGGAGUCCUUCGGAACAGCUAUCAAGAUGACCAGACAAGAUGCGGCCGACGUUACUUUGGACAUGGAGGCGAGUGAAGAAGAAGAGAGGAAGAUAGUUAGUGAAGGACCCAAGAGAAAUCUUCAAAUGCUCGAGCUAACAUCGCAGGUAGCGAUUCUACAGAAACAACUUGACGCCCUCAACAAUCAGAAACAAUCAGACGUACUCGUCGUUCCCUCGAAUGGGAGGCCAGAGGUGUCGAAUGUGGAGGACAUGUUAACCUCGGAUCAGGAUACUUUCGCCAGCCAAGUUGAGCAAGCUACCAUAGUGGACGUCGAAGACGACAUAAAAACUUCGAAAGGUGUUGAGGAAUUACGCCGCGAGAAUGAAAAUCUCAGGGUGCUCUACGGUCAACUGGAGGCUCUUUACAAGGAACAACAGAAGCCUGAGAAGGUCGCACGGAAUGUCAGUCGUCGAGACCCAACAAGCCGCAAUCUGAAAAUCGAAUUGGAGGCUGCUGCUGCUUUAAGUCCAUCGAAUGAUGAGCCAGUCCCUGAACCGACGGUGGGCGAGAUGAAGAGACGAGGCUGCCGCUCAAAAGCUGGCGUGUCAAAGCUCAAGUCAGCCCAGCAGACGAUCGUGAAGGAAGAGGGCAAGCAGAGUGGACAGGAGCAAGAAUUUUUAGAGAUGGAGAAAGGGGGAACUUCCAUCAAGAAGUCUUCAUCUUCCAGGUUAUCCAAGAGAAACACAUCCAGCAGCAAACCCCCCAGACCAACUUCAUCGAAGAGAGACGAAAGCGUGGGUUGGCAUGCAAAUGGAUCCGUGAAGAAGUCAGCAAGGGGGAAAAAGCCAGACGAAGAUGUGAAAAUUACUCCAGUUUCGGGAGUCGAUUAUUACGAGCAAUCUCUACCCAAGACGAGUACAAGAAAGAGGAAAGGUGACAGCGCAGACCUCAAGGAGGCUCAGAGGGUGGCUCUUCGAGAAGUAUCCGUCAACUCGGGGAGCAAAACUCCCGCGAAGAAAUCAAAACCACAGUCUUCACGAAAGCCUGAGAGUGAAUCAUUGGACUGUCACACUGCAAGCUCGGCCAAGGGAAGUCGUGGCCUUAUGGCCGAUCUAUUCUCCUCUGCCUUCAGCAUACCCAGACUCAAUGUUGGUUCUUCUGCGAAGACCAGAACGUGACACCGUCCCAUAUACUCACGUGCACGGACAACUGGAAGGAAGGGCUUUCUGCUUAUCGAUACUCGGUCAGCCCCAUGACCGAUGGGCACGACCUUUUACUAGCAGCGACGGUUCAUGUAGUUGACCCGUGACUUGAGACCAGUACUACAUCCGAGGGGCCAGGAUCACAAAAUAUUUCUCCAGCUGGCUAUGUUGCAUCAAAAUUCUGAUCAGCCGAGCAAUCACUGCGCGUCAUCGGUCGCGAACCCCGAGAUGUGGAUAAUGGAAGUCAGGAGUUCUUGCACAUGGUGGAAUUCGUGAACUAUUUUGAGAGGGCAUGGUCUAGAUUCCGCCUUCCGCUGUAGACUGCUCUUCAUCCUGAACCGUGGUGUCGCGGAGAUUACUGGCGAGUGUCAGCAUUUCAAACAACCUUGCCUCGUUGCGAAUCGUAUUACAAAUCACGACCUUCCGUUAGUCGGAGGUUCGUAUGUUGCUUCAGCUGGCUCUGCUUCUGCUGCCGACGGUAAGCUCUUCUGUCCGUGUAACUGUAUAAAGGUAGACAGUAAAUUCAUUCAGCUUGUUGAAUGUAUCGGACUGGAUCGGUGAUAGUAACCUCGGCUCGAGGUAAGUGUUGCAAGCGAUACUCCAAAUUCCGAGUAAAUGUCGGAACAGUUCAAUCCAGGCUUGUGUGAUAUGAGGUCUUCAUUACACGUACUCUUCGCUUUACCGUAAGGUUCAACUUAUAGAAUCAGUUGUUGAGAUGUGGACAGCGGCAUAUGUAGUGUGAUGGCAGUUGUGCAAACAUCGAACAUCACCGUCACUUGGACUAGUAUCCCACAUCCCCUCCUAGAAAUUUAUUUUAACUUUCUGGAACCUUUCGCACAGGAGCGGAGAAUCGCUCAAGUUGUAGAGUCCUGCAUACUUUGUGUACAACUUCGAGGCUUGUUCAGUG